UUAGCCUGAAGACUGGAGCAAGAACAACAGAAGACUAAGAGAGGACAACAUGUCUCUGAGACCAACAGAAUCCUUCUGAUCCUCUGAUCCCAACUCAGCGGAUCCGGACUGAGCUGAUCCGGGAUCAGUCCGAGUCCACCUGGAUCCUGAUCCACCUGAGACUGACUGAAGAUUUCUCAACAUUUACCUGAAGAAGCAGGAAGUGAAGCAGACAUGGGUAGUAAGGAGCGUUACCAUUGGCUGGCUCAGAACGUGAAGGUGAGCGGCGUGGACGACAUGGUGCUGCUGUCCAAGAUCAACGAGGACGCCAUCACGGAGAACCUGAAGAAGAGAUACAUGGACGACUACAUCUUCACCUACAUCGGUCCAGUUCUGAUCUCUGUGAAUCCGUUCAAACAGCUUCCUUAUUUCACUGACAGAGAAGUGGAGCUCUACCAAGGAGCGGCUCAGUAUGAGAACCCCCCCCACAUCUACGCUCUGGCUGACAACAUGUAUAGAAACAUGUUGAUUGACAACGAGAACCAGUGUGUCAUCAUCAGCGGUGAAAGUGGAGCUGGAAAAACUGUUGCUGCCAAAUUCAUCAUGAGCUACGUGUCCAAAGUGUCCGGAGGAGGAGACAAAGUCCAGCAUCUUAAAGACAUCAUCCUGCAGUCUAACCCUCUACUGGAAGCCUUCGGUAACGCCAAAACUGUCCGCAACGACAACUCCAGCAGAUUUGGUAAAUACUUUGAGAUCCAGUUCAGUCGAGGAGGAGCUCCUGAUGGAGGAAAAAUCUCCAACUUCCUGUUGGAGAAAAGUCGAGUUGUUUCACAGAAUCCUGGAGAGAGAAGCUUCCACAUCUACUACCAGAUGUUGGAGGGGGCGACUAAGGAGCAGAGGGAGAACCUCGGGGUCACGACCCCCGACUAUUAUUUCUAUCUCAACCAAUCAGGAACCUACACUGUGGAGGACAUGAACGACAAGAAGGAGUUCUCUGAUACUAUGGAGGCCAUGUCAGUAGUGGGUCUGUCUGUGGAGGAACAGGAUUCAGUUCUUCAGCUUGUUGCAGGAAUUCUUCAUCUGGGAAACAUCAGCUUCAGAGAGGAAAACAAUUACGCCGUGGUCGAAAGCCAAGACUUCCUGGCGUUCCCGUCCUUCCUGCUGGGGAUCCCUCAGGACGGUCUCUGCAGUAAGCUGACCAGCAGGAUUAUGGACAGUAAGUGGGGCGGCAAGACCGAGUCCAUCGCCGUGACUUUGAACACGGAGCAGGCCUGCUUCUCCAGAGACGCCCUGUCCAAAGCUCUCUACACCCGACUCUUCGACUUCCUUGUUGAUUGUGUUAAUAAAGCCAUACAGAAAGACCAGGAAGUGCUCAACAUCGGAGUCCUCGAUAUCUACGGCUUUGAGAUCUUCCAGCGAAACGGCUUCGAGCAGUUCUGCAUCAACUUCGUGAACGAGAAGCUGCAGCAGAUUUUUAUUGAGCUCACGCUGAAGGCAGAACAGGACGAAUACGUUCAGGAGGGGAUCCAGUGGACACCCAUCGAGUAUUUCAACAACAAGGUGGUCUGUGACCUCAUCGAGUCCAAACUGAAUCCUCUCGGGCUCAUGAGCGUCCUGGAUGACGUUUGUGCGACGAUGCACGCUAAAGGUGAAGGAGCGGAUCAGACGCUGCUGCAGAAACUUCAGGGACAGAUCGGAUCCCACGAACACUUCAGCAGCUGGAAUAAAGGAUUCAUCAUCCACCACUACGCUGGGAAGGUGUCAUAUGAUGUCAGCGGCUUCUGUGAGAGGAACAGAGAUGUGUUGUUUAAUGACAUCAUCGAGCUGAUGCAGAGCAGCGAGUUUCCGUUCAUCAGAGCUCUGUUCACUGAGAACCUGGAGGCGGAGAAGAGAGGGCGUCCGACCACCGCCAGCAGUAAGAUCAAGAAACAAGCCAACAGUCUAGUCCAGACUCUGAUGAAGUGCACCCCCCACUACAUUCGCUGCAUCAAACCCAACGAGACCAAGCGUCCCCAGGACUGGGAGGAUAACCGGGCCAGACACCAGGUGGAGUACCUGGGCCUCCGAGAGAACAUCAGAGUCCGCCGGGCGGGAUACGCCUACAGACGGGCCUUCAACAAGUUCCUGCAGAGGUACGCCAUCCUGACAAAGGAGAGCUGGCCUCAAUGGAAGGGCGAGGAGCGCAAGGGAGUCCUGCACCUCCUCAACUCCGUCCACAUGGACCAGGACCAGUUCCAGCUGGGCAAGACCAAAGUCUUCAUCAAAGCUCCGGAGUCGCUCUUCUUGUUGGAGGAGAUGAGGGAGAGGAAGUAUAACGGUUACGCUCGGGUCAUCCAGAAGGCUUGGCGUAAACACAUCGCCGUCCGCAAGUAUGUCAGGAUGAGGGAGGAAGCCUCUGACGUCCUGCUGAACAAGAAGGAGCGACGCAGAAACAGCAUCAACAGGAACUUCGUGGGCGACUACCUCGGGACAGACAACCACCCGGAGAUCAGACAGUUCGUCGGCCGCCGAGAGAGGAUCGAGUUUGCCGACGUCGUGGUGAAGUUCGACCGAAAAUUCAGGGUAAAUACUCAAGUCCAGAAUUCAAGGAUUCAGGGGAUGCACAACGGAAGUUUAGUUUAGUUGUAGCCUGUUGAGUGCAGCUUGAUCCUGAACCACAAUGGAUCCAGGUCU